CAAGUAGAAAAUUUAUAAAUAGGUCCCAACAAGGUUUUCUCACCUCAUUUUAUUCUUAAAAUGAUGCCUAAAUUUAAUUGCCUGCACACAAGCCUAUGCAUAACCCUAGCAAUCUAUGCAGUAGCAUUCUUUACCCAACCCUACUACCCAGCUUCAGAGUUCUUCUUCUCCCCAUUGCAAAGCAUACUUUCACCUUCCCAAACCACCCCUCCUCCUCCCCUUGAUCAUAAUUCUCCCACCAACAUUAACCACCUUGUUUUUGGACUAGUAGGUUCCCUCAAGGCAUGGAGACACAGAAAGGCUUACAUAGAAUCGUGGUGGCGCCCGAACAUGACAUGCGGAUACCUAUACCUCGACACCACCCCCACGGAGGAGCUCCUCCCUUGGUCCGCCGCAUCUCCACCGCUCCGUGUCUCCGAGGACAUCUCCAAAUUAGUGCAAGAGUCAGGACAUAUGGCGCCUAUCAUGGUUCGGAUGGUGCACGCGAUUUUGGAGGUUUAUAGAGAGGGAGAUCAAGGAGUGAGAUGGUAUGUGAUGGGAGACGAUGACUCAAUCUUCUUUGUUGACAAUUGGGUGGAUGUUCUAGCAAAAUACGAUCACACUAAGUAUAUAUACAUUGGAGGGCAUUCAGAGACUCUUUUGUCAAACUUUCACUUCUCCUUUGAUCAGGGAUUUGGUGGAGCUGGAUUUGCAUUGAGUUAUCCUUUGGCUUCAGCUAUGGUGAAAGAUUUGGAAGGGUGUCUCAAGAGAUAUCCACACUUGAAUUCAGCUGACCUUAUAACUCAGUAUUGUGUGGACGAGCUUGGUGUUUCUCUCUCUGUUGAGAGAGGUAUUCAUCAGAUAGAUCUAAGGGGGGAUAUAUCGGGGUUUCUAUCAUCCCACCCACAAUCACCAUUGAUGUCCCUCCACCACCUUGACAUGGUAGACCCAAUCUUUCCCUCGAUGGACCGUUUUCAGUCUGUGAACCACCUGAUGAAAUCCGCAAAAGUUGACCAAUCGCGACUACUCCAACAAACCAUUUGCUACCACAAGCCAACCAAUUGGUCCUUCUCAAUCUCAUGGGGCUACUCUGCACAUAUUUAUGAGAAGAUUCUCCCCAGAAGCAUUUUGAAGAGGCCUCGAGAAACAUUCAGGGCGUGGAUGAAGGGGACGGCGCCAUUAUACAUGUUCAACACGCGGAGGCCGCCAUUCGGAGAUCCAUGCGAUGAUCCUCACGUUUUUUUCUUAGAAACCGUGGAGAGUUCCCGAGGGAACCUAAUUGUUUCAACCUAUGCUCGAUCCUCACCACGAGGCUUGCCAGCUUGUUUUUUCAGUGGUAACCAUUCUGCUGAUCAAAUUUCCAAGGUUCGAGUCUUGUCACCAUCAACAAAACUCAUUCAGAUUGAUCGAAGUGAAUGCUGUGACGUUGUACAAGUGGGUGACAGUAACAUCACUGAGGUCAAAUACAGGACUUGCAAGGUUGAUGAGAUAAUUGGUUAAAUGCAAUCUUAAGAAUACAAUAAUGUAACGAAACAUCUUUAUUCUAUUCUUCUCUUUCUAAACACAUCUUUAGAGAGGUUAGUAAAUAGCUAUAGUGGACUGGAAAGCAAAUCUCCGUAUUUUAAAUGUUGUAAUUAAACAAAUUAUGUGCUUGGUUAAGAACGUGAUCGACUUAUGUUUCAUGGAAACAAAAAAUACUUAUUUGACCCA